AUGAGGCCCCCGACCACCCACCGCUGCACCGGGCGCGCCCUGCGGAACCCCUGCGGGAGCCUCCUGGCCCUCACCCUGGCUCUCUUCGUGGGCAUGGGUCACGCUCAGAGGGACCCGGUGGGAAGAUACGAGCCGGCUGGCAGGGAGGCGAACCGGCUGCGGCGCCCCGGGGGCAGUCACCCCGCCGCGGCUGCGGCCAAGGUGUACAGUCUGUUCCGAGAGCAGGACGCGCCCGUCCCGGGCUUGCCGCCCACGGAGCGGGCCCAACUCGGCUGGGGGAGCGCCCGGAGGCCCGCCAACGCGCUGGCCAGGAGGCCGCCCCGCGCGCAGCAGCCGCGCCGAGCCCAGCCACCUGCGCAGACCUGGAGAAGCAGUCCCCUGGGCCAACAGCAGCCCGCAGUCCGCGCCCGGGCCGCCCCGGCUCUCCCGCGCCUCGGAACCCCGCAGCGGCCCGGGGCUGCGCCCCCAACCCCGCCGCGAGGGCGACUUACGGGACUCCCGCAGCGCUGCCGGGAACCAAAAGGGAGCCCCGAAGGGGCAGCGGAGUGGGCGUUCCAGGCGCCUGAGACCCGAGAGCGGGCUCAGAGCGCAGAGAAGGGGGACAGUGUGGCCAGCCUGGCAGUGUUCCCCCAGGCCCUGCCAGUAGAGGGCGGGACCACCAAAGCAGCUCUGAGGAAUGUCUGCGGGGGACAGUGCUGCCCGGGAUGGACGACGGCGAACAGCACCAACCACUGUAUCAAACCUGUGUGCCAGCCGCCCUGCCAGAACCGGGGAUCCUGUAGCCGGCCCCAGCUCUGCGUGUGCCGCUCCGGCUUCCGGGGAGCCCGCUGCGAGGAGGUCAUUCCUGAGGAGGAAUUUGACCCCCAGAACUCGAGGCCAGCGCCCCGGCGCUCAGCCGAGGGGUCACCCAACCCACGCAGGAGCAGUGCAGCCAGAGAAAGCACCACGACACCCAGAACACGCUCACUGGCCUCGCAGCUGCCGCCGGCCAGGACCCUGAGUGGGCUCAGCCAGACGCAGCCCUCCCAGCAGCACGUGGGGUUGUCCCGGACGGUCCGGCUUUACCCAACCACCGCAGCCAGCGGUCAGCUCACCUCCAAUGCCCUGCCCGCAGGGCCAGGCCUUGAGCGGAGGGAUGGCACCCAGCAGGCGGCGUAUCUGGACCACCCGUCAUCCCCCUGGGGGCUGAACCUCACUGAGAAAAUCAAGAAGAUCAAGAUCGUCUUCACUCCCACCAUCUGCAAGCAGACUUGUGCCCGUGGGCACUGCUCCAACAGCUGUGAACGCGGCGACACCACCACCCUGUAUAGCCAGGGUGGCCACGGGCAUGACCCCAAGUCUGGCUUCCGAAUCUAUUUCUGCCAGAUCCCCUGCCUGAACGGAGGCCGCUGCAUCGGCAGGGAUGAGUGCUGGUGCCCCACCAACUCCACUGGGAAGUUCUGCCACCUGCCGGCCCCGAAUCUGGACAAGGGGCCUCCCGAGAGGGGCUCCCGCCACAGGGCCCUGCUGGAAGGCCCCUUGAGGCAGUCCACCUUCACAUUGCCUCUCUCCAACCAGCUGGGUGAGUGCUAGACUUGGGAUGCACUGGGUAAGGACACGGGGGUGCUGGU